UGUUCUCUUCACAUUCUUUGCAACUCCCAGUUUUACUUUUGACAAACUCUCUCUUCCCACCCUCCCUCUCAAAUAAAAAUCAGUCCAGUAAUCAAAUUCGCAAUUUUUAAGGUUUCGAAAGAUACAUGGCUGAGUUGGUGGACAAGCAAAUGGAAGAAACAGAAGAUGACCCCAUCAUGCCAGAUGAAGUGGAUUCAUCUGAGGGAAGCUUCCAACAGAACAUCAGCAUCUCAUCUCUCAUGUUAAUGGAUGGGGGUUCACAUGAAAUGAAUCCAAGUUGUUCAUACAAGUCCAGUUCUUACAGGAGUUUGGAAAACUGUGUUAAAUUUCCUGACCACAUAAAGCAGAAGGAGGACAUGGAAAUUCAAGAUGUUGUUAGGCAGUAUGCUCUCUGUUUCCUUCCAGCCAAGUCCUUGAGCAGGUUCAAGACUGUUUCUAAAGAGUGGCUUAGUUGGAUAAACUGUCCCUUUUUUGUCCACACGCAGACAAACCGCUUCAGGCAUAUUUCUGGUCUUUUCUGUCAGUUUCCUGGCGAGAGUCCCUCCUUCAUAUCACUCAAUCCAGUUGCUUAUGGCGUUCCUAACCCCACUCUCUGUUUCUUGCCUGAACCUGUUGACGUAAGAACCUCUUGCAAUGGUUUACUUGGCUGCCAAAGCCGCCUCGGAGACAAUGCCUACUACAUCUGCAACCCUGUGACUGAGGGAUGGAGGAUGGUUCCAAAGCCAAUUUUAUAUCAUGGACCUGAAACAGCCAUAGCACUUGCCUUUGAACCUGAUAUACUCAACUUUGAAGCGCAAUACGAGCUUAUUUGUGCGGUCACUUUACCUGACCAGGCAGCUCUUCAGUUUGAAAUAUACUCUUCAAGGACAAACUCUUGGAGAGUCUCCAAUGAUGUAUGCUUGGAGCUGGAUGCUCUGCCUCUAAAUGGUGAUGGUUUCUACACCAGAGGAUUUGUCUAUUGGGAAACCGAAUCAGGUACAGUUCUGGUUUUCGAUUUAAAGGAAGAAGUGUAUGGGAUUGUCAGUCUCCCACCAAGUAGAAAACCAACUGGUGCUUUGACAGAUAUGCGGGGGGAGUUAUGCUACCUCUUGCCUCACAAAGAAGAUGAUGCAUGGUCAAUUGAGGUCUACGGGAAUAUGGACAUGAGCCUGCGGUGUAUAAUUCCUCUUCACUCUGAGUUUUUGGGACACCUUGUAGAUGGAGAAUGCCGGGCUUUGGCAUUUGUGAAUGAUGACACACUGAUCAUUACUCUUGGGAAGAAAGUGAUUGCUUAUCAUGUAAGAGCACAUAGGAUGGAACGGUUAAGUGAUGCCAGGACUGAUGGUUUUGUGAAGUAUAUUCCGUACGUGAACAGCUUUGCACCUGUGGGCCAUUUCAUGCAUGACGCAGCAUAGUAUCCGUGAGAUUUGAUCCACAGUUAAUCCACAAAGUCUCUCUCAACCUGAAUUUAUUGAUUCAAGGAUGGAUGUCUCAGGAUUAUUGACUAUAUAUAUAUAUAUAUAUAUAUAUAUAUUUUGUUCUUGUGAAGCAUCAGACAUGACUUCUGCUCAAAUUCAGAAUUUGGUGGAAGUUAAACAUUGAAUUUCCUUUUGAAGUUUGAAUUCCAGUUCUUCAUAGGGUACUUUGACUCGACGCUGGUGCUUUUAAAGCAUUAUGAUUGAAUGAUGUAAAUUUUCGUUUCUCUGAUGUUCUAUCACUGUUGUGACGGGCUAAUAAACUAGCUAUGAUAGAGGUUCAUAAACGCCACCAUCUUCCAUUUGCAAU